AUGGCGUUAAAGGUGCUGGAGAAGUCCAAAAACGAAAUCCUCACAGCACCACAGCCUCUCCAGAUGAGCGAGAGAUCGGUGGAGCAAGAAGAUGAUGGCGUCCUCAACUCCCACUUUCUCUCUGUAUGCAAACUGCAGAGGGUCGAGUGCAGGGUGGGCCUGUGGCCUCAGGUGAUAGAGCAGCAGCCAUUCCAUGGUCUUCAUCACAUGCGAUGUCAGGGCUACCGGCCUGAAGUCAUUCAGCUCCCCAGGAUGUGUUCUCUUAGGGACUGGAACGAUGCAGGACGUCUUCCACAGCUGUGGAAGCCUCCUCAACCACAAGCUCAGGUUGAAGAUGCAUUGUUGGACGUCUCCCAGCUCCAACUCGCAGGCUUUCAGAAGUCGAGGUUGCGUGGUGAAGGGCCCGAGCUCUGGACCACGGGGCUCCUCGCUCCCGCUCGCAAUGAACUGGCGCCGGUGACGCCAACCUCCCCCCCCCCUCAGCCCCCCAACGGCCUCCAUCUACAGCGAAGGGGCGGGCGCUGUAUUUACCGACUGGUAACGACUGCUGCAGAGGCGCUGGGAAACAUGCAAACACACAUAGGCGCACAGACGCUUCCUCACACCAAUUUGGAUUCUUGCAGACCUGCGCGCUCGGAUACCGCGGGGGCCCAACGAUCAAGAACCGCACGUGCAUCAUCACCUCAGCCUUUGUCAUUAGCGCUUGGCAAUCAUCCCACUUCCACCAAUCAGGUGGCAGCACGGACCCUCGCUGCAGAAAUGGACAUACCCUCAAAUAUUUGUCCAGUUCCUACCAGUCUGAACCAGAACACAGGCGCCACUCCUCUUCUUGUGGAGGCCGAGCGGAAGUAUGCGCUCCGCAGCUCCGGACGUUCUCGUUUCCCCUGUCACGUGCGCAAGUCCUCCCGCCUCCGUCGCACACCAGAAAAUGGGGAGAGGAGAGCGGAGAAGGACAGAGGAGAAGAGGAGGAGGUAAAAGCAUCAGAGGAGAAGAUCUGGAGGGUUAAGGAGGAGAAGGGGGAGGCGAUGACCCUGAAAAAGGAACAACCAUCUGUAGAGGCUCCUCCCCCCGCAGCCGUUUGCCCUCCAGACGUUCCUCUUGCUCUAACAGUACCCAAACCCGCCCCCAAAGCUGUUUCGAAACCAGGACCCAGACUCGGACACAGACCUGGACCUAAAUCUAGGUCGAGGCCCGGUCCCAAGUCAGUCCAGAAACCCGGUCCUAAAAGUGUCAUGAGACGGCGUCUGGCAGCAGCCCAGGCGGUCGCUCAGUGCGGCGCCGCUCAUCUCCCAUCGGCCAUCGUGGCGGCCAGCCCGCCACAUAUGAAGAAGGAGCCCGUUGAGGUGCAGAUUUUGUCUCCCAGCGGCAGGAGGUGUGGACGUUUUGUCGGAGUGAGGAGGAUCGUCGUCAAGGUGGCUCGCAUUCCCGUCAGCCUCGGCCGGCGGCAGAAAAGCUACAAGAUUUCCAAUGUGGAGACAAUGACGGGAACAGAGAAGAGCAACGACGGGAACCUGGAAGGUUCAGAGGUGGCCAAGGAGCCCACGGCACUGCUCCGCAUGAAGAACAACGGCAAGAGCGUCAUGGUCAUGUUCCCCCCCGGAGAGCUGCCGGUCAUUCUUAAACGCAGGCGGGGGCGCCCGCCGAAACAGGCCGUGCCUGUGGCAGCGGGAGAGCCCCCCAAUGCUUGCGGUAAUGGAGACCAGAUCAAGAAGCCCAGGAGGAAGCGGCGGACUAAACUACCUUGUCCCUAUCCGUCAUACGUGAAUGACACAAAUGAUGUGAAGACAGAGUAUGGGGACGUUCUGUCCAAACUGGCCUUUUUGAACCGCCAGCCCCCCACCACUGGCCGAUGCUCCCCUCCUCGCUGCUGGACGCCCAGUGAGCCAGAAAGCUUCCACACCCCUUUGGAAAACCCGGGAUUGUCCACCCUGCUGCACCGGCUCACUGGGUUUAGGCGGCCUCGGGGCGGCAGAGGGGGCACGGGGAGGGGUGGUGGUGCGGCAGGAGGCACCGGGGGCAACGAACACAAUAAGAGCACCUUCAGUGACUUCUUCGAAUCCAUUGGCAAGAAGCGCAAGCUGAGCCCCCUCUCUGAGCACGGACUACCCAGGAAGAGGGGGAAGGGAGUGGGGGGUGUCGGUCGAGGAGGAGGUGUGGUCGGCACCGAGCCUGGGGGGGAAAAAAUGGUCAGGAAGAAGCGAGUGAGGAAAAACGGCACGUUUAAAGCGGAGGGGGACAGCAUGGGACAGGACUGGCCCAAUGGGUCAGGGGGCUGGGGGGAGAAAGCUUUGAGAGGAUAUCAGCUCUGUGGAGCCACAAGGGGGGGCUUUUCCUCCUGUGAGAUUGGGAGGAGAGGCUACGGCCGCUCAGGCGGAGGCAGGGGAAUUGGACCUCCUGGGGAGGACUCACAAGGUCUGUUUGCCGGAUAUUUCCGCUCCCUGUUGGAUUCGGAUGACUCGUCUGAACUUUUGGACAUCUCGCAGUCAAACGCCCGCAAAGCUUCGUCUGCCCCUGGUUAUGAACCAUCUAGCCCGGCCACGGGCCACAGGUGGUCCCCCGCCAUCCCUAAAUGGGGAGCCAACGGGACAAGUUCUGCGGCGGAUGGAUCCGUGCAGACUCACUGUUCCUCUUACAGCUAUGGUGGCCAGACCCAAACGUCCCCGACCCCCUCCACCUACCACAAAUCCACCCCUCCAUCUCUCUCGCACUCUCCCAGCUCUCCCCACCCCGCCGGCUAUGGCCACUACUCGCCCGCCUAUGCCUCCUCUUCUUGCAUCGGGCCCCAAAGGUCCUCAGACUGCAGUUUUUCCUACGGCAAGACCGUGGCCCAGGACCGUGGUCAGAUGGGCUACUCCAGCUACCAGGCAGCAGCCAGGAAGGCCUACAGCGGAAGUGCUGCAGCAGGGCCCGCAUCACCCGGGGCGGGGUUCAUGUCUGUGGCCAAAGGAAGCCCCUUCAGCUCCUCCUCCUCGCCAGAGUGUUACAAACAGUACAACUGCAAUCAAUGGACCUACAGACAAGGUUGCGGUGGCUGGUCAGCAGACAAUUUUGGGCCCCACGCUUAUAGUGAAUAUGGCUGCAAUGAAUCAAAGGACAUCUUGGACAUCUCCAACUACACCCCCCAGAAGGCCAAGAGACCUCCUUUCCCCGAGAGUCUAUCCGAGUCCUCCUCUGACUCCUCGCAUCCCGGCUCGGCGGCCGCUGGGAGCGGUCCUCCCUCCAUGGGCGGAGCCUUCAAGCAGAUGGAGACCGUGAGUGGAGACGGCGGUCCAUCCAGCCUGUCUAGCCUGGAGAAACUGAUGAUAGACUGGCAUGAGAGCGCCUCCGGGCCCUCCUAUAGCUGGAGCCAGAAUGUCCUCUUCCAGGGAGGGGGGACAAGCAAGCCGGGUCGGGGUCGCAGGAAACGAACUGAACAAUCAGACAAAGAAGGGGGUUCUGUUUUACACUCAGAUUCUCCAUCCAGUCCCUCUCCAACACCCACUCCUGGACCUAAGCGCGGAGGGGCUGGAGGACGGGGUCGAGGGUCCAGGGGAGGCAGAGGUGGGCUGUCCGGGUGUCAGAGAGAGCGUCUUUCUGGAUCCAAAGGCAGGGGAAAGGCUGCUACAGCAGGGACAGCUCUAUGUCUGGAGGGCUCUGGGCUGUUCCAGGAGGGGCUGGACUAUUACAGCGGAGACAGUAGCAGCCUCUCUCCCUUGGCUACUCCCAACCCUGCACCGCCUUCCAGCUACCUCCAGGAUCCCUGUGAGUACCCCUCCCCUUAUUCGGCCCACCCCUCCACGCCGUCCUCUGAGGAGCGAUAUCCAGCCUUGUACCCUGGAGAGUCCUCCUCCUCCCUCUCACCCAGCGUCUCGUCCCCCCCUUACCCCCCCAAACCCCAGUCCUACCACCUUGCCCCUUCCAGAACCUUCUCCCCCUCAUGCUCCCCUCUACCACGGGUAACACCCCAUUGCAGCUCCGCUAUGAGUCCCUCACAUCGCCCCCCGCCCAAAGAGGCACAGUUCUCGCAGUAUGACUCCCCCAGUUACUGCGGCUCCCCCUACUGGUAUGGACAAACGUCACACAGCAGCAGCCCCAGCCCGAGUACAUCCACCCAUCCACACACAAGUCCGCACGCAAACACCCACAGCAAUCUUCUAGCGAGCCCAAACGCACACAUGAAUGACCCGCAGCAUCACAACACUCACGUGAGCCUGAGCUCCCACGCCAAAUCCUACCCCGCCCACCCCCACGUCAACAAUCAGCCCCAUCAAGUCGCCGUGCACGCCCACUCCACGCCCUCGCUAUUUGACGAGUGCAGUACCACCGCCGUCCACAAGCAGGAGCUCACCCUGCAUGCCAUCGCCACAGGCCCCCGCCAGGGCCUGCUGACGCCUCCGCCCUCGUACCCGAAAGCCACCCUGGACUCGUUGCAAACGCAUGAGGAGUCCGGCGGCUACUCCCUGUCUCAGCUGUCCUGUCAAGGGAUGGGACACCGCUACCCCUCGCAGGUGUCUCAGGGAGCAGGAGGGGUUCUGUGCCAGCUUCUGGACCCGGCUCACGAUGACAGCUUUAGCGUGACCAGCCUGUAACAGCAGGUGCGAUCGAACCGAGCUUUUAACAGAUUUGCAAACAAUUCUUUUUCUCGCUUUUGUACGGUCGACUUUUUAUUUUUGUUUUUUGUGCCAGACUGUGGAAUGAAGGGUGAGAAUUUAGCUGCCGGCUUUGGACAGUAAAGCUUUAAUUCUCCAGCAUUGACAAUCAAGAUCAACAUGCAAACGCCAACACAGAAGCAUGCACACACACACACACACACACACACACGCAUGUGCACACACAACCAUGCAAGUUGGACUCUUAUUUGGGGUGGGGUGGGGGCUGAGUCACGCACAGCAGACCACACCCCCCCUUCACACACACACACACACACACAAAACCCAAAACAUUUCUGGUCCUUCGCGACCCUCUUGCAGUAAAAACAGUCCAGACGCGCUUUAUUUCUGUGUCUUUCCUCUUGCCGCUGUGCUCACCUGCACGUCUCUUUUCAACGCAAUCCACAGCCUCCUCCUGUCCAUUGAGGAGGGGUGGGGGAAAGUGGACCAGUUACAAUCCCGCUCUUGAGACACCAGCAUCUGUACAUACGUACCACUCCAGAUCCAGACCCACUUCGCUCUAAAAGUCACCCAGACGCUUCAACCUGUGUUCUUUGCUGUUGGAACUCCACCAAAAGGACCCCAAAGAGACGUGAGAGUGCAGGGGAGAAUGUUGCCCGCGUGACUGCAGUAAUGCAUGUGUGUGUGUGUGUGUGUGCGUGUGUGUGUGUGGGGUCAAAAAGAGUGGAGCUCAUUCUCUUUCACCCCCUUCUUUUUUUUCUGUUCUGUGUUCUCGUUGUCGUUUGGUGGUUUCUUUGUGACACGAAGUUUAAAAAACAAAAAUGUUGUAUAUCUGUCCGUUACAUAUCAUGUAUGUAUGUAUGUACGUAUGUAUGUAUCCCAGGUGCAAAAUAUUUAAAUACACAUUCUGUUCUUGCCAUUGGUAACGCCGUCUCUAGUUUAAUUCUCCUCCUCCGAUGCCGAGGGAUUAUGAUGUGUGUGUGUGUGUGUGUGUGCGCACGCGCGCAUGUGUGUGCAUGAGCAAGAGAGCGUGCUGGGCUUUUUUACUCAGGCUGUCUGGGACUGAGAACCAGAGUUCAGGCGAGGACACAAUUCGACAGGGAGAGGAGGGG